CGAACGGAAGAAGGUUGGGACGAACCACGAACGGAACUACUGACGGAAGAACUGAAGAAGCCGCCGCCGCCAGACGCACCGUCGAACGCCGACCCUCAAGCUCCAGCCUCCAGGGUCCUUCUGGAUUUGGGACCGGCCCUGAUAUCUACUUGUUUGCUUUUGAUUCACGUUCAAACUUCUUAGUCAUGGUGUUCAUCAAAUCUCCCGAUAAUCGAACCCUAAUCCUAGACUUAAACCCCUCCACAACAACCCUUCCCUCGCUGUGCCUCAAAAUCCAUGAGAAUCACCACAUACCCCUUCAUAGCCAACGCAUAUUCCUCAGCUGCCGUCUCCUAACCAACAACGAUGUGCCCAUCUCACAUCUCGGCGUUUCUGUGAAUUCCACUCUAACCCUACACGUUCCCCUGCUUGGUGGGAUGCAGGCUCCUGUGCAACCGAAGAGCAGGCUUGAGUUUCUUAAUACCAAACCACCUGCUAAUUAUGUUGCCGGGCUUGGUCGUGGUGCCACUGGUUUCACCACAAGAUCUGAUAUUGGGCCGGCCCGAGCUGCCCCGGAUCUUCCUGAUAGAUCGGCCAUUGGUGCUGCUGCUGCUGCACCUGCUGGGGUUGGUCGUGGCAGAGGGAAAGGAGGCGGGGAAGAAGACGAAGAUGACGAGAAUGAUGAGAAGGGGUAUGAUGAGAAUCAGAAGUUUGAUGAGUUUGAAGGGAAUGAUGUAGGUCUGUUUGCAUCAGCAGAGUAUGAUGAGGAUGACAAGGAAGCUGAUGCAAUUUGGGAGGCUAUUGAUCAGAGAAUGGAUUCAAGGAGGAAAGAUCGGAGAGAGGCAAGGCUUAAGCAAGAAAUUGAGAAGUAUCGUGCAUCAAACCCCAAGAUUACUGAACAGUUUGCAGAUUUAAAGAGAAAGUUGCAUACGAUGUCCACCCAUGAGUGGGAUAGUAUACCUGAAAUUGGGGAUUAUUCAUUGAGGAAUAAAAAGAAGAGAUUUGAGAGUUUUGUGCCGGUUCCUGAUACUUUAUUGGAGAAGGCAAGGCAAGAGAAAGAGCAUGUUACAGCUUUGGAUCCAAAGAGUAGGGGAGUUGGUGGGACUGAAACACCAUGGUCUCAAACUCCAGUUGCAGAUUUGACUGCUAUGGGUGAAGGGAGGGGCACCGUUUUGGAAGUGAGGUUGGAUCGCAUUUUAGACUCAGUCACCGGGCAGACAGUGGUUGAUCCAAAAGGUUAUUUGACCGACUUGAAGAGUAUGAAAAUCACUAGUGAUGCCGAGAUCUCUGAUAUAAAGAAGGCCAGGUUGUUGCUUAAAUCAGUAACUACAACCAAUCCCAAACACCCGCCCGGUUGGAUUGCAGCCGCAAGAUUGGAGGAGGUUGCUGGUAAGUUGCAGGUUGCAAGACAGUUGAUUAAAAAGGGAUGUGAAGAGUGCCCCAAGAGCGAGGACAUUUGGCUGGAAGCUUGCCGGCUCGCUAGCCCUGGUGAGGCUAAGGCUGUAAUUGCAAGUGGUAUAAAGGUGAAUCCAACUUCAGUGAAACUGUGGCUAGAGGCUACAAAAUUGGAAGAAGACGAUUCAAAUAAGAGUCGUGUUUUGAGGAAAGGGUUGGAACAUAUACCCAAUUCAGUUAGACUUUGGAAAGCUGUUGUGGAGUUGGCCAAUGAGGAAGAUGCUAGACUUUUGCUUCAGAGGGCUGUUGAGUGCUGUCCGUUGCAUGUUGAGUUGUGGCUUGCUCUUGCUAAAUUGGAGAAUUAUGACAAUGCUAAGAAGGUACUUAAUAAGGCAAGAGAGAAGCUCCCCAAGGAACCUGCCAUUUGGAUAACUGCUGCAAGACUGGAAGAAGCUAACGGGAAUACCACUACGGUUCUUAAAAUCAUAGAAAGAGGUAUCAGGGCAUUGCAGAGAGAAGGUCUGGAAAUUGAUCGCGAGUCUUGGAUGAAGGAAGCUGAGGGUUGUGAAAGAGCUGGGUCUGUCCUGACCUGCCAGGCUAUAAUAACUAACACCGUUGGACUUGGGGUGGAAGAAGAAGACAGGAAAAGGACUUGGGUUGCUGACGCCGAAGAAUGCAAGAAGAGGGGAUCCAUUGAAACAGCGAGGCAAAUUUAUUCUCAUGCCCUCACGGUGUUCAGGACCAAGAAGAGCAUCUGGCUUAAAGCGGCACAACUGGAGAAGAGCCACGGAACCCGGGAAAGCCUCGAUGCUCUCCUCCGUAAAGCAGUUACAUAUAUACCAAAUGCUGAGGUUCUAUGGUUAAUGGGUGCCAAAGAGAAGUGGCUUGCCGGUGAUGUGCCUGCUGCCAGGGCAAUUCUUGAGGAAGCAUUUGCUGCAAUUCCAGAUUCCGAGGAGAUUUGGCUUGCUGCUUUUAAGCUCGAGUUUGAGAACAAAGAAACUGAGAGAGCCAGAAAACUACUUGCUAAGGCUCGAGAUAGAAUACCUGGGGCAGAACGUGUCUGGAUGAAAUCUGCAAUAGUUGAGAGAGAAUUAGGGAACAUAGAGGAAGAGAAAUUCCUGCUCGAUGAUGGGCUGAAGCGAUUCCCCUCCUUUUUCAAACUCUGGUUGAUGCGCGGUCAGCUUGAAGAACGUCUUGGCAAUCUGGAGAAUGCAAAGAGUACAUAUGAAUCUGGUUUGCAGAACUGCCCAAACUGCAUCCCCUUGUGGUUAUCUCUUGCUAAACUGGAGGAGAGGAUUAGCGGUGGAUUGAGCAAAGCUAGAGCAGUUCUUACCAUGGCCAGGAAGAAGAACCCAAAGAAUCCUCAACUAUGGCUUGCUGCAGUACGGGCUGAGGCCCGGCAUGGCUACAAGAAGGAAGCUGAUGUUCUUAUGGCGAAGGCAUUACAGGAGUGCCCGACAAGUGGUAUACUAUUGGCCGCUUCUAUUGAGAUGGCACCACGUCCUCAAAGAAAAUCUAAGAGUUCAGAUGCUUACAAGAAGUGCAACCAGGACGCAUAUGUUCUUGCUGCCAUUGCAAAGCUGUUCUGGAACGAUAGGAAGGUUGAUAAAGCGAGGACGUGGUUCAACCGGGCCGUCACAAUUGCUCCGGAUAUUGGGGAUUUCUGGGCUUUGUUUUACAGGUUCGAGGAGCAGUUUGGUUCUGAAGAUACACGGAAUGAGGUGCUGAGAAAAUGUGUUGCUGCUGAGCCUAAGCAUGGCGAAAAGUGGCAAUCAAUAGCCAAGGCCGUGGAGAAUUCUCACAAGCCUACGGAUCAAGUUUUGCAGCGAGUUGUUGCUGCACUGAAGAAAGAAGAGAAUGCUGCUGCUGCUGAAAUCAACGAGUAACAUCAGUCUGCACUAGUUUUGGAUGUUCUUUGUGAUUUGUUAUCUUUUUUAAGAUAUGCAUAGCAACAAGGAAUUGCAGUCAGCUACUAUGUUUGAUUGAGACUUUCAGUCUCAUCACAAAAGAGUGAUACCCAUACAGAAGAACAGAGGGGUUAAAACACAAUACUCAUCAAUCAUCAUUUCAGCUCAAAUUGUUGCAAAGGUAUUCUCCAUACUAACUCUGGUUUGAUUUCCAAGAGGUUUACUGAUUGAUCAAUUGUAUGCUUUAUGUGGCAAUAAAAAAGAAACAGUGGAGCAAAUAUCCCAAGAAUGCUGUUCCCUUGAUAGAGUCCAUUUCAGAUUCUUGAAAUCUUCACUAACACUUUGUUU